AUGACCUAAUUGAGCACUUCAGAAAACAUUGUGCACUGAUCUGAAAUUUUUCCGUUUUGCUUUGCUUACACCGCAAUUAACAUUUAACAUAGAAGGCAAAGAACCGUCUUUUCUUCUCCCCUGUAUUCUUCCUCUCUGUUAAAAAGGUCAAACCCAACCACCGCAAAAAAAAAAAGAAAAUAAAUCAUUUCCGGUGACCGUCAAGCUGUGAAACACUGCCGUUCUGUUAUUAACCUCUUAUGCUAUUGCCGAUCGCUUUUAAUUUCCCGGUAACGCCCCGGUGGCCGGCAAAAGAAAUUAAAUUUGGAUUAUUUCCUGACUAUGAAGAGCAACGGCAACAUCGAAAACAACAAAGGCUCAAAUAUUAUCAAUAACAAAACUAACAGUCAUAAUAAUAAUCGUUAUUUGCCGAUUUCUUUGAAAUUUAUAUCUUCCUGCAUAAAAACAGCCUCUUCUGGUGUCCGGUCAGCUAGUGCCUCUGUUGCCGCUUCUAUUUCUGGAGACAGUCACGAACACCAAAAGGACCAGGUGCUCUGGACUUCCUUUGACAGACUAGAGCUUGGUCCAUCAUCUUUUAAACGAGUUCUCUUACUUGGAUACUCCAAUGGCUUUCAAGUUCUUGAUGUUGAAAAUGCCUCUAAUGUCAACGAACUUGUUUCAAGGCGUGAUGAUCCAGUCACAUUUUUACAAAUGCAGCCACUUCCUGAAAAGUUGGAGGGUCAUGAAGGAUUUAGAGCAUCACAUCCUUUACUUCUGGUUGUUGCCUGUGAUGAGUCAAAGGGCUCAGGUUUGAUGCUUACUGGAAGAGAUGGAUUGACUAGAGACGGUUUUGAUGGACUUCAAACUGGAAAUGUUCUUAUCUCUCCUACUGCUGUUCGGUUCUAUUCACUAAGGUCUCAUAAUUAUGUCCAUGUACUAAGAUUUCGGUCUACUGUGUAUACAGUUAGAUGUAGUCCUCGAAUAAUUGCUGUGGGGCUUGCAACACAAAUAUACUGCUUCGAUGCUCUCACUCUUGAAAACAAAUUUAGCAUCCUCACCUAUCCUGUCCCUCAAGCAGGUGGCCAAGGAAUGGUUGGGAUUAAUAUUGGAUACGGACCCAUGGCAGUGGGUCCCAGGUGGUUAGCUUACGCUUCAAACAAUCCUUUGCAGUCCAACACAGGUCGGCUGAGUCCACAGAACCUUAGUCCUUCUCCUGGUGUUAGUCCAUCAACUUCACCCAGUGGUGGGAGUCUUGUGGCUCGAUAUGCCAUGGAAUCUAGUAAGCAAUUAGCUGCAGGGCUAAUCAAUCUGGGUGACAUGGGCUACAGAACUUUAUCAAAAUACUAUCAAGAUCUUAUUCCUGAUGGUUCUGGUUCUCCUGUAUCUUCACAUUCAGGCUGGAAAGUUGGUCGGGCUGCUUCGCAUGCUGCAGAGACUGAUAUUGCUGGGACGGUUGUUGUUAAAGAUUAUGUUACCAGGGCUGUUAUAUCACAGUUCAGGGCUCAUACUAGUCCAAUUUCUGCUCUAUGUUUUGAUCCGAGUGGGACUCUUCUAGUUACAGCCUCCAUACAUGGAAACAACAUAAAUAUUUUUCGGAUCAUGCCAUCCUCAACAAAGAAUGGAUCUGGCUCUCAAAGCUAUGAUUGGAGUUCAUCACAUGUGCAUCUUUACAAGCUCCAUCGCGGGAUGACGUCAGCUGUGAUUCAAGAUAUUUGUUUUAGUCCUUUCAGUCAGUGGAUUGCCAUUGUUUCAUCUCGGGGUACUUGCCAUAUUUUUGUUCUUUCCCCAUUUGGUGGUGAGAAUGUUCUCCAAAUUCAGAAUUCUCAUGUAGAUGGGCCUAUCUUAUCACCAGCUGUAUCUCUCCCUUGGUGGUCCACUCCAUUUUUCGUGAUAUACUCUCAAACAUUUUCUAUGCCACCACCAACUGUAACCCUCUCUGUUGUUAGCAGAAUAAAAAAUGGUAACUCAUGGCUUAAUACGGUUACCAAUGCUGCAUCUUCUGUCGCUGGGAAGGCCUCAUUCCCCUCUGGUGCUUUUUCUGCUGUUUUUCAUAACUCUUUACCUAAUGAUGUGCAACAAGCUCAAAUGAAAACUAAUAUUUUGGAGCACCUAUUAGUUUACACACCUUCUGGUCAUGUUGUUCAGUAUAAGCUAUUGCCUUCAUUUAGGGGAGAGGCUGGUGAAAAUGCUUCAAGAAUUGGACCAGGCUCUGCUCCUCAGGUACAAGAUGAGGAGUUACGGGUGAAAGUUGAAACUAUGCAAUUGCAAGCAUGGGAUGUAUGCCGAAGAACAGAUUGGCCAGAAAGAGAAGAAUGUCUUUCUGGAAUGACUCAUGGAAGAAAAGAAGCAUUAGAGAUGAUGGUGGAUGUUUCUGAUUCUGAAAAUAAUGAUGCUGGGCACGAUGACCUGUCAAAGCCCCAAGACCGGUCUCACUUGUAUCUUUCUAAUGCAGAAGUGCAGAUAAGCUCCGGAAGGAUACCAGUCUGGCAGAAUUCUAAGGUAUCAUUCUAUACAAUGAGUCCUGUGGGGUUUGAGGAGCAUAAAUUCACUGCUGAUCUAUCUGGUGGAGAAAUUGAAUUAGAACAGAUGCCUGCUCAUGAGGUUGAAAUUAGACAGAAGGAUUUGUUGCCUGUUUUUGAGCAUUUUCACAGGCUUCAAUCUGAAUGGAACAGAGGAUUUGGCGGAGAAAAAUAUCCUGUGUCUUCUGAAGAUGCCAAAGCAAGAUUCUCUCAAAUCACUGUUAUUUCUCACUCUAAGUUGAUGUCACCUAGCUCAGUUGAAAACUCAGAUAGUGGAUCAACAAGGAGUUCUUAUCCUUCUGGCAUUCAAUCUGGAAAGGAUGAUGAUGGGGUAAAAGGACAGAAUUCUGUUUUGGCAUCAACUAUGCUUAACCAGAGCACUCUGAACAAAGAUGCUGGUUCAGUUUCGUUCAAUCAAUCAAAAGUGGGUGUUUGUCACAUUGAAGAUACUAACUCAACUAAUAGUAUGUCUUCCUUAACAAGUGGCUCCUUAUCUGGUGGAAGAACUGUUGCAAAUGAGGUUCAGUUUCCAAACAGUGACGGAACCAGUGACGUUUCAAACACAAGUUCUAAUCGAUCUGAUUUGAGUAUGAACAUGCUAGAUGAGGGUCCAGUAAAUGAGUCACCGGAUUUUGAGCAAUUUUUUCAAGAAGAGUACUGCAAAGCAUUACCCUUAAGUGCAUGUUCUGAACCAAAGAAGGUUAUUACUGAUGUUGACAACAGCAUCAGUCCUUGUGAUAAAGAAAAAUCUGAGGAAGAAGUUGACAAUGAUGAUAUGCUUGGGGGUGUUUUCGCCUUCUCCGAGGAAGGUUCUUUUGGUUAAAACGUCAGCCUUGUUGGGGGUUCACACACUAAUCAGAAGUGUGAUUUGAUGAUUUUAAAAAGCUACUGACUGAUUUAUUCAGGUAAUAUAAUAUAAUGACUACUGGCUUUAUUGUGCUGCCAAGUGCAAAUUCCUCUGGUUUCUUCCGUCCUAAUGUAAAUUUUGUAAAUUUUAUAUUUGAUAAAUCCAAAUGAUUUGUGAGGACAUGUACUUUC